AUGGCUGUAAUUACCAAAACGCUUUCCCUAUCUGUCGCCUCUCAUUUUCAGCCACCUCUUGUUAAGGAUGGGGAGGCAUUCUUGAAGUCUUACGUGGAGCAACAGCAGCUGCUGUCACAGCUCCUUGGGUGUGGGGAGGUGUUGGGUGUUGGUGAGCCAGCUGCUGCAGCUGCAGCUGCAGCUGCGGGGGCUGAUGCUGUGGCUGACAGCACCAGUGGGCGAGCACCUGCAGUGGACAGGCACAGAGACACGCAGACAGCCACACACACAGCGCCACAGCCAAAGGCACAGGCACAGGCACAGGCACAGGCACAGGCACAGGCACAGGCACAGGCACAGGCACAGGCACAGGCACAGGCACAGGCACAGGCACAGGCACAGGCACAGGCACAGGCACAGGCACAGGCACAGGCACAGGCACAGGCACAGGCACAGGCACAGGCACAGGCACAGAUGCCCGAUAUUGUUUUGGACUUUGUGUGCCUUGCACGCGAGCUGUUCACUCCAGGGGUCAAGGGUGAUGUCCUUGUUCAUGGACCAUGCAAACACACGUGUCCAUGCAAUUCCCUUUUAUAA